AUGGAGGUGUUACCCAAAAAAGGAAAGAAGGCGUGUACUAUGUGCCGUCAGCAAAAGGCUAGAUGCGAUGUCUGGCGGGACGAGAGUAUACCAUGUUCCCGAUGCCGCAAACGCAACCUCGAGUGCACUAUAGACGACAGCUUCACAAGAGAGCACAAGCGUCGCCGAUACAUCGCACUAGAACACGAGAAUGAGCAGUGGCGCCAGCAACUGCGGACCUCUCAGCAGUUGAACACCGAUUCCGUGCCGAUUGCGUUAUCAACAGCUGCAACGGACCUAGGGGCACCGGGAGUGCUGAAAUCGGAUGCUCCAUUGGGUGAUUCGCACGGUUUGUCGCUGGCCUAUCCCCAAUAUCAUCUUGCACCAACGGGCUCCCCACCGGGUGUAAUGAUGGGAGAGAAUGAUGUCACAAAGCCCCGUUUUCUUAAAAGCGUUACCGUCGCAGGCGGGGAAAUUGACGACCUGUAUCAAUUAUUCUUCCGUCACUAUGCCUCAUUCCUCCCUAUCCUCGAUGCGCAGACAAAGCCGAACGCUUACUACGCACAGUCUCCAUUCCUGUUCUGGGCAGUCAUCGGGGUUGCUAGUCGGUCAUAUUCCCGAAACCCGACUUUGCACACUGCACUAGCCCAGGAAGUCACAGAAAUGGCAUUUCUGUCGGUCUUGUCAACAUGCGCGCCGUGGUACAUCAUACAGGGACUAUUGCUCCUGCUGACUUGGCCGUUUCCCAAGGAAAAUCGCCCAGAUGUGACAUUUCCGCUCAGCGGAAUGCUUUUGCAUGUAGCGAUGCAAAAUGGUUUCCAUAUCCCAAUGUCGAGCCAUGAAUUUUCCAGAGUGAAAAUCCCGGCUUCGUCAGACUUGGAUAUGGUCCGACGCUCGGAGCUCUGGGCUCAUUGCGUGCUUGUGUACCAACGGUCUUGUGUGAUCAAAGGGCAAUCUCCGCGGAAUCUAGUCAGCUUAGCACAGGAUACGAUCCAACGCCAGGUGCUAUUUGAUAAGAUUGCUCCACACUUGGUUCAGAAACUCAGAUGCCAGGAGGUCGUUGGGAAAUGCAGUGAGGCGGUUCUGGAGAAUGGAGUUCGUGCCAUGUCUCUGGAUCAGGAGCUGGCUUUGGACAUCUUGCUGCGGAAGUAUGAGGGAGAGGUGGACGAUAUUGCAUUGCAGGCAGUAGUCGACCACGAGAGAUACCACCUUCUCCUUUGCCGAAUGGCAAUCCAAAGCUUCCAUUUCUACAAAAAUCAAACACUCGUCUCCAGUGGAUGUCUUCCUCGUCUUAUCGUCUCCGCUUGCAACUUGAUAGACUAUGUUCAAGGCUUGGCGGAUCGUAUGGGAUCUCUCUUUAUGGCACCUGUCCAAAUAAGCUUCGGUUUGCUUCUGGCUUCGACGGCACUAUUGCGGAUUCUAAAAAGCGAUUUUGCUUCCAGCAGACUCGAUACAAGCCGUGCCCAGGCCUCUUUCUUCGCCACCAUCAAUCUGGCUAAGUUGAUGUCCACCGACAGAAGCGAUACAGCCGCUAAAAUGAUCACGGUCUUGAAUCAACUCUGGAAUAGCAGCAAGGCAUUCCGCAAAGGCGAUGGCUCGGAAUACACCGGACUUCGAAUUCGCAGUCGGCUGAUCCUCAGUCAGAUUUUGGAUGCUGUCUGGUGGUGGCGUGAUGAAUAUGAACCCAACGCGCGCGCUAAAAUGCAAUCCACGGAGUCAAUCGAUGGCCCUCCCCGAACUAACACGCUUCCGGGUACCGAGGUAGCGCGUGCUAUAAUGGGAACAGAACCCGCCCGGGAGCCCGUUAGGGGGUUUAUUCAGAACGUGGGUCCUCUGCAAGGAGAGUUCCAGAUGAACGAGGAUUACUUCACAAAUUUCGAGUGGCUAAGUGAUGAGAUUUUCUCAUUUCCUCCGGAUUUGUCGUUAGCGAAUAAUCUACCGUGA